CAAAAUCCCAAAAACCCUAGUGGCUAGCUAGUGCAAGUGACAAUAAACAAACAAACAAACAAAAACCAAAACUGCUUUGAUAACAUUCCUCAAAGGAGCAGCAAACAAAAAACAAUGAAGCCUUGGGGAAAUUUAGGAGUAGUGGAAACCAUCUAUGAAGAAGAAUAUGAGUACUCUUCUAACUCCCCUUCUCUUUCUCCUUCAGUUCUCUCUUCUCCUCCUACACCACUCCAUUCAAGAGUAGAGGCUUGGUCAUCGGCAAUGGGGAGAAAAACUGACGUGUUGAUACAUGUCCAUGGAACAGCUUUUCACCUUCACAAGGAUCCUCUGUCGUCCAGGAGCACCUAUUUAAGGCGGCAACUAACGGAACAAUCUGAAUUAACGUUAUCCCGGCCGUUAAACAUAACGGCCGAAACGUUCUCUCUCGUUGCCGAAUUCUGUUACGGGACCCACCUCCUCGUAACGCCGUUCAACGUCGCCUCCCUCCUGUUAGCAUCGGAACUCCUCGGGAUGACGGAGACCAAAGGUGACGGCGACCAGAACUUGAAGCAGAUAACGGAGGGUUACUUCCGUCGAUUCGUCGCCGUGAACGGAGAGUACGCGGCGAUUGUUUUCAGGUCUUGCCUGGCACUGCUUCCGGAAGCGGAAACAACGGCUUUCCUUGUUAGUAGAUGCGUGGAGGUUAUGAAUUCGUCGGACGAUGGUGACGGCGUAGACGUUUACUUUGACGACGUUGUUUCUUUGCACGCCGAGGAUUUUAAAAUCGUGGCCGAGUCUAUGCACCAACGAUUUGAGUACCACGAUUUGCUCUAUAGGAUCGUUGAUUUUUAUCUCGAGGAGCAUAAUGGGAAGAUAACGGAGGAACAGAAGACCCAGAUAUGUAAUUCCAUUGACUGCAACAAGCUCUCACCUCAGCUCCUCCUACAUGCAGUGCAAAACCCUAGAAUGCCUUUGCGCUUCGUAGUCCGAGCCAUGUUGGUGGAACAACUCAACACCCGCCGCUCCAUUUUCUCAGCUGCCAAUCACUAUUCUUCUCGUCCGCAUCGCCCUGCUAGAGACAACAUCACCCUUGGGGCAAUCCUCCAGCGCGAUGCCACAAUGCGUGAAACUGCUCAACUCAAGGCAGCAAUGGACGCCACGAGCUCCCGUAUCCAAACCCUGGAAAAACAGCUGCAUUGCAUGAAGAAGAUCUUGCAAGAUUCUGAUCAUAACGGAGGAGUUGGCGCUGGGUCUAGAGAUGUGUUGGGAUCAGGCAGGUCAGCUAGUUUCCAUUACGGUUCAGGGAAUACGAUUGAAAGAGCAGAUAGAGGAGCUUCCUCUUCCGCGAGUUUUCGGUUUAGUCGUCCAGAAGAUAAAGCAUUUGGAUCAUCAUCAUCGGAGAAUUCAUGCGUCGACAGUCCUAGAAUCAAGAAAAACAUCGGGCAGAGGUUGAUUGAAGGGCUAAAGAGCGCAUUACGGGUACCAAACUCUUCAACCAAGAAUGGCUCUGCUAAGAAAAUUUCAAGCAAGGGAGAAAAUGGAACACUCUAUUUCAAUCAAUGAUGAUCUUAACUUUUCAAAGUAAGAUUCAUCCUCUCUCCAUUACCGCACAACUAAUCAGGCAAACGAUACAUAUAUGCACUCCCAAACUCUCAGUUUAUAGUCUUACAAAGCAUUUCUUACCCAUCAACCAUUUUCAUUAAGCACCGGAAUCCAUUAACCAUCGAUCAUAUAUUAGAUAAUAUGGAGGACGGAUUCUGAUCGUUCACUUUAAUCAAGUUAACAUGAUUAACGGUUGAUGGCUUGGAGAUAUCCGAUGGGAGCAAUUAUUAGGGGCCCCAGUUCUUGAUUGAUAGAUACUAGCUAGCUAGUAGGCUUUGACUUUUAGCUAGCUUUCCUCAAAGGUAGAUUUUAAUGACUUAGCUUUCCACAUUUCAUGAUUGAAAUAGUCGAAUAGAAACAAGUUUGUUGAUU